CAAUGAACAGAAAAGAAAAAAAAAACAAAAGAAAAAACAUGACAAGCUGGAAAUGAGAGCAAAGUGAGAGAAUGCAUAAGUGAGAAAGUGAGAGAGUGAGAAAGAUUAUUAAAGAUAGCGAGGAUUCUUUUUUUUUUAGAGAUAAUGGAGAAAGUGGUGACGUCAUCGAUCUGGUAUAUUGACCCCACCAUGGCAAGUCAGGAUUGGUCGGACUCAGAGUCGGUGGGGAGCAGCGUGGCGGCCCCCUCGGAAGUGUCCACCGUCCCCGACAAGUUUGGUUUCCUGGGAGGCGCUCAGUACACAGAUGAAAGUGAGGAGGCAGUACCUGUGGAGGUCAUCAGGAGGCGGGAAAAGAAAUGGCUGGAGAUGUUUAGCAGGUGGGACUCGUACAUGCUGAAACGGUACAAGAAGGUGAGGGACCGAUGCAGAAAGGGCGUCCCAUCAGCCCUGCGUGCCCGGGCAUGGCAACACCUCUGUGGAGCAAACAAACAGUUAGAAAGGAACCCUGGUGUGUUUAACCAGCUGGCAGAGACCCCGGCUGACCCACGGCUGGAGGAUGACAUAAGAAAGGAUCUCCAUAGACAGUUCCCUCUCCAUGAAAUGUUCCUGCAGAAGGGGGGACAUGGGCAGGAGGACCUGUUUCGGGUGCUCAAGGUGCAUGCCCAGGUCUCCCCCGAUGAGUACUGUCAGGCUCACGCACCACUGGCUGCCGUGCUUCUGAUGCAGAUGCCCGCCGAGCCUGCCUUCUGGUGCCUCAAGGCCAUAUGUGAUAAAUAUGUGCCAGGGUACUAUGCUCCUGGACUGGAAGCAAUUCAGGUUGAUGGAGACAUUUUGUACAAACUCCUGAAGAAGGUGUCGCCCUCGGCCUACAAACAUUUGAAGAAGCACAAGAUUGAGCCAGUGCUUUAUAUGACCGAGUGGUUCAUGUGCCUGUUCUCCCGCACGUUGCCAUGGUCAUCCGUGCUGCGAGUGUGGGACAUGUUCUUCUGUGAGGGUGUGAAGGUGAUGUUCCGUGUGGGCCUGGUGGUGCUCAAGUACGGGCUGAGGUCACAGGUGCUCAAAAGAUGCCCUGGAAUGUACGAGACACUACAGGCGCUGAGGAACAUUGAGCAUGGGGUGAUGGCUGAGGGGUUCCUACUCUUCCAGAUGCAGCGCCUUGACCUUACUGAGGACGACCUGCAGCGGGAACACCAGCGGCAGGUACAGAAGAGGCGGCAGACGGCGAAGGAGUCAGGAGCAGCGGCAGCCAAUGGGAGAUAGGAGGGACCCUGGGGUGUGGCAGCUGGAGUAGGGACAGACCACCCCUCACCUCCAUCAGUCACUGUCCCUGUCCCACCAUCCCCGCCUGCUACCCCCCAGUCCCCCUGAUUUAGUGCCCCUCCUUCCCCUUCUCCCAAGCCCCAAGGUAGCCAGAGUUUAGUAUAUUUGUAGGUUUAUUAAGGAUGAUGAUGCAUUUGUACAGAGUGAAAAAUGCAUGGUGAUUUUUAUGAGUGUGUGUGAUGACAUGAAGGAGGUAAGAUGUGUACCUACCUCCCUAUGUUCCUUCUUGAUUGAAAUGCGUUGAUGGGCAGUGAAAGUGGAGUGACAGUGUGAUGGCUUGGAAGAAAAAUAAGCUGAGUUGCAGGAAGGAAAACAUUUUAAAAACUGAAGUAAGAAUCAGAAGGAGAACUAAAGGAGAUGAAAAGGAGGUAGUAGAGUGACAUUGUGAGUAUUCGUUCGACAGAGAUAAAGGAAAGUUGAGUAGUAAGAGAAGUUAAUGAAGGGAAAUGAGAAAUAGGAGGGCAAGAGGAAGUAAAAACAGAAAAACUAACAAUAUGGAUGGUAUAUGAAAGUAACAGAAAAACUAAUGAAAAUAAAUAAGAAUUGCAAAGAUAAAUAUAAAUGAAAAACAAGAACAAGUGAAGUGUAAAACAAAUAAGAAAAGCAAGACAAGAAUGAAAGAUGGAUAUAAAUGCAACAAUAAGGAGGGAAAGGAAACCAAAGGGACCACAAACAAGUGAUUUUUUUCCAUGUGAAGUGUUGAGGUGAAAGAAGGUGUUUGCAUGUUGUGUUUGUUUCAGUUGCAGCAAUAACAGCAGAAAGACUCGACCAGAGCAAGUGUUUUGGUGUUACUUUGAUUAGGCAUGUGGUGUGGUCACAUCAUUAGUGUCUUCUGGGCCUUCAUAUCAAGCAGAACAUUUUAAGGUAGACUAUUUCCACACCAAUUAGGAACAUUCAGGUUAACAUCAGUAGUGAGAGAUGUGCAAGGCCAGUAUAGACCACAUCUUCAUCUUAAGGCUGUGUGAGGAAUGGGAGACCUCUUUUUAGCAUUAAUUGUCAGACAUGUGUAAGGUCAAGCAGAAAACAUGUCUCCAUUGUAAAGUUAAUGGCUGGUGUGACGAAAAUCUUUUAACAUCACUUACUGGGGGUGUGGAAGACUAAUAGAACAAGCUUCCUCAUUUAAAAAAGGGGAGGAGAAUGCCCACUUAAAAAGACACAAAGAGGAUCGUGCAUCUACCUUUCAAAAGCAACAGAGAUAGCAUGUGUCUUGACAGUAUUCAAAAUCAAAAGACCUUUAUGGUUUUCAGGGAAAGUAUUAAAACUAAGAUAGACACACAUGUUAAAAGAAUGGUAAGAAAAAGCAUGGAUCUUCAGACAUUUCACUUUUGGUCACUCACUCCCCACAAAGACAAAAAGCCAGAGAGUGAGAAGUACUAUUUUGCCUCAGACUGACAUUUUCCAGCACACCUUUAGUCUGCCUGACCACAGUGACCUUUGCAGUGACUUUGCCUUCCCUACACCAACCUCCAGGGGCAUCUUGACUUCCACCCAUGUCUCUGCCUUACCUACCUACCCCUCCUCCACCCCUACACUCUGCAGCUGAUGGGAGGAUGCGUGCUACCUUUAGUAUUAACAGGAAGGAAUGAUCUGGGCCGACGUGCUAUGUUUCGUUUACAAUUCUCAGCAUCUCGGAAGAUCUCAGCCAAAUUGUUGAUGUUAAUCCCUGCCGACCAUUCCAAAGAUUCUGUCACUCGCCUGUCCUGUCCUGUCUGUCUCAUUGUGUUCCAAGUCUCCACAUUAAGUUUCGGAUUGCAGCGGCCACUCUGCUGUCCGGAAUCCAGGGAUGAAGUGCCCUUAUAAAACAGAGAGAAGUUAGAGAUAUCCACAUAUAUAUAUUCGUACGUAUAUACUAGAUCUAUACUCACUCUUUAACCUCUGCACUGAAGUAUUAUUAUUUGUCGGAAACAUAACGUGCUGCAAAGUAAAGAGGUGUUGUGGAGAGAAAGAGGCGUGAAUUUGUAUCUAAUCCUUUGCUCGGCUGCCACUCCAGGUAAUCUGAACCCUCUUGAAGUGAGCCAAGCCACCCCACCCCCAACCUUUGGCAGCCUCCUUCCCUCUGCCUAGCCACAUCUGCUCAAGCCACAUCUGUGCAUCCAUCCAGCGUUUGUCUGUAUGGAUACAUACUGUACCUACAUAUCUCUAAAAAUAUCUUAGAAAAUACAUAUGGUUCUCUCUGCUUUUUAUCUUGAUCUAUCUUUGCUAUUUUCUCUCAUCUUUUUUUCCUGACUGGUACAUUCUCUUGUUUUCUCACAUGAUUUGUGUGACAAUUGUCCUUUCUUUUCUUUGGCAAAACACCUCACUCACUCCUGUUUCCUCUCCACUAUAAUAUUGUCUCUCUUUCUCUAUGCUUUACUUUUUUGACCAACAGACCAAUGGAUGGAUGGAUGAGUGUGUGUGAUGAGGUGGGGGUGUGGGUUGUGUGUGUGGUAGUGGGAGUCUGUCAGGAGUGGCCGUGCUUGAAGUGUGAGUUGAGGGUUGGGAAAAAAGAAGUAUUGAAUGAUGUGAACAGUCUUAGCCUAGUACAAAAGGAGAAACUUCAUCAGUCUUUAGUUUCUCUCUCUCUCUCUCUCUCUCUCUCUCUCUCUCUCUCUCUCUCUCUCUCUCUCUCUCUCUCUCUCUCUCUCUCUCUCUCUCUCUCUCUCUCUCUCUCUCUCUCUCUCUCUCUCUCUCUCUCAUUUUCUAUUCUCUUAAAGAGCAAGAUGUGAUAGUUUGACAGAAAGAGAGAAAGAGAGAGAAUUUUUACACAUGACCAAACUUCGUACUCUUAAGGAAUGCUAAAGUAUGUAAAUUAGUUCUUGGUUUUGCCUUGCCUUUUCCCGUCCUUCCUUUCCUUUUCCUUUCCCUCCCUUUGUUGUGUUUCUUUCUCUAUUUCUGCUUCCCUCCUUGUACCUUCUCCAUUCCUUCCCUCUCUUUGCCCUUUUCUUUUCUCCUGCCUCCCUUUCCCUCUCUCCCUUCCUUCCUUCCUAACACCAAGCAAGAAAUGAUGGUGCCUCUUGCACAUAUAAUAAUAUAAAGAUAUCGAUAUAUUUAGAUAGCACAGAUAUAUUUUAUAGCUCUUUGUAUGUGUAUAUAUAAAUACUAUGAAUAUAAAUAAUACAUUAUAUAGACUUCCAAUGUUAUCCUCUUCCAUUAUCAUCAUGUCAAGGCUUCUCACGAUAUGUACAACUUUGCUUAUUCCAUUUUUUGUUGGAUAUUUGAGGACGCCAGACAUGAUUUGGACAGCUGACUUACGCGGCCGGCUCCCUGGCUUGCCUGUUGUCUUGCUUGUUGAAGUUAUCCAUGCUGUUGUUUUGUUUACAGAGCAGGUACCUGGUGAACAACAUAGCCAAUCAAAAUGUUCUCACUGACAUUGUUGAAUUGUUAUCCACUCCUGUGUCGAAAUUAUAAAGUUUAAUGUUCUUGUUUUUAGAGACAGAAUUUUGUGAUCAUUAUUAUUAUCAUUAUUAUUAUUAUUAUUAUUAUUAUUAUUAUUAUUAUUAUUAUUAUUAUUAUUAUUAUUAUUAUUAUUAUUACUACUACUACAAGUUAUGGCAUUGUUAGUUAUGGUGUUAUUUGUUGUAUUUGUUCACACACACUAAUACAGUCAACUCCACACAAGUCUGAUCUUUUCAUUUGUCUCAUAAUAUUUAUUUGAUGUUUCCUUCUUAACUUUUUUAUUUCAUUUUUUUCUUUGUAUGUACAGUGUAGUUAGUUACGUAUAUGCUCUCAUUCCCCUGUGUGUGUACUGUGCAUUAUAUUAUGUAGGCCUUGACAUUUUUUACAUUUUACAUGAAUUUGUUUUUGCACCAGAUUAUGUUUACAGCAUAUUUGAGUGUAUUUGAUUUAUUUAUUUUUCUUCUGCCUCAGCUGCAGGAGUUUAGUGGGAAACUUCAAAAUAUGUGAUGAUUUUAUUGUUUAUACUGACACAUUUCAGUAUUCAAUCAUUGGUCAUUUGUAUUAAUCCAAUUUAGAUUGUUUAUUAUUAUUAUUUACAGCAACUUUUAUUUUUUGUUAAUUUAAUUAAUUGUGUUGAUGCCUUGCACUAUUCAUUGGUGAUUUUUUUUUUUUUUUUUUUUUUUUUUUGCCAUGCAACGAUCCUUUCUUUUGCAUUGCCAGGUGUAAGUAUUUGGUAAUCACUCUUGAAUAUUCUUUUGCAUUGACAGAAUUAAGUAGAGUAUUCAAUAAUCACUCGUAACUUCUCUUUUACCUAGAGAUCGUGUAUGUUAUGGAAGGCGUGUGUUUCUGUCAGGCAACGUUAUGUGAUUGUAUGUGUGUAUAUGCUGUGUUACCAUCCAGUAUUCCUUGUACACGACUGUAUGUAGGAAGUUUGUGAAAAAUACAUAUGCAACUAUUUGAAGCAGUCUUUCAUGACAUGGGAUGCAGAGGUCAGGAUGAGCUUUGGUGUGUAUGUGUAUUGUAUUAUCAAAAUUAAUAAGGAAUGGAUAAUUUUUACAGGAAAUCAUAUGCUAGCCAAGUGUUAUUAUUAUUGUUAUUAUUAUUAUUAUUAUUAUUAUACUGUUUUGUAUGUGAAGCAACUGUCCAGGUAAUAUAUAAUGAUUGAUGUAACGAGAAAGGGUA